ACUGCUAGACUCUCUCCCUCUCUGUUUUAACUGUUUUCUCUGCUUUCCAAGUCCUUCUCGGUCUUGGAAUUUUCCAAUAUAUUUGCAAACACAUAUAUGAUAUAUAUGUUUUCCUUAAUUAUGAUCCACAGAAGCUGUAGUUGAUUGGGUUCACUGAUCAUCUUAGGUUUCUCAAAGGUAGUGAAAGAAUCAUACUUUGUUCUCUCCUUCCCCAAGACCGACUGUGGUGUUUGCAUUAUGGAUUUUAAGUAUGAAGGUAUAGCCUGGGUUGCAGACAUACGCCAGAAGUUUGAAACUCUUUGCUUGGAUGUGGAUGAUGUCAUGCAUGAGCAUGAGGAAACAUUUAAAUAUGUUGAAAACCAGUUGCAGACAGUGGGUGCCAAUAUUGAAAACCAGUUGCAGACAAUGGGUACCAAUAUAAAACAGUUCUGUUCGGAAUUUGUGCAAGAUGUGCUCCCUGCAUUUUCAUCAGAUCCCACGGAAGGGGUAACUCCUGAAUCAACUCCUCAACAAAAUAAAAAUACCGAUCCCACAGCUCUUGAAAGUUCAAAGGUUGGUGUUGAGUCUGUUGAUAUAAACCCUAAGAAGGGACUUUGCAACAAAUACUCUUCAGUCCAUCUAUUGUUUGUGGAACCUAUGGAAGGGGUACAUAUUGAUUCAUUGUCCAAGCAACACUCUGAUACUGGACUUACUUCUGGUAAUGCAUCGUUGGCAAUUUCAGAUGAAAGAUCAGAUGAUGUGGGUGCAGAAAAGUCAUGGGACGCCCAUGUUAUUCAACCAGGCAUGGAAACCGCCCAGUUUGGUGAAUCAAAGCUUGAUGAGAGUUUUGUUGUGGUGAAUAGCAGUAAACUUUCUUCUGUUUGUUUCGCAAUGGAAAAACGUCAAUCUUGCAAGAACAAAUUUCGUAAGGUUUUCACUUCGAAAAUGAAGUCAGCGAAAGAGCAGGAGCGUGAGCAGCAAGCAGCUUGCAACUGGGGUCUUCUUGUAGUGGGUGAUUUGCUGCCAAUAAUACUUGCUAAUUUGAUGAGGAGGUGA